CGCCUCCGUGGGAGAAGCAGGCGGCCGCGGCGUCCCUUUUGCCCUCGGCUCUCCGUUCUCAGGCCUCGGCGUGCGUUCGGCAGUUCGGUUGCCAGUUGGUUCGUUGAUGAGUCCAUCCAUGCUAACUGGAAAAGGUCCACGGGGCUGCCGUUUCCCCUCCAUCUCAAGCGCGACUUGCGGCAGAAAGCUGGAGAAGGUUCCAGAAAAAAGGGACUCUGGCAUGAGCGAGGUGGAGAGGACCUACAGUGCUAAUUGCAGUGAUUUUCUGGAAUCUAAGGGAUGUUUUGCCAACACAACACCCUCUGGCAAAAGGGUCAGUUCCUCAUCUUCUGUGGAAACAGGCCCAAGUGUCAGCGAGCCUCCAGGCCUCCCCAGAGUGUCUGCUUACAUAAACACCACUGCUGACUUGGAUUGGAAACCCUCCUUCUCACAUUCUGAUCACUCCUCUGAAAUGUCAUUGCCUGAAGUCCAAAAGGAUAAGCAUCCUGAGGAAUUCAGCCUGCUUAAGUUGCAGACGAAAGAUGGGCAUCGUCCUGAGUGGACGUUUUACCCGAGGUUUAGCAGCAACAUCCACACCUACCAUGUCGGAAAGCAGUGCUUCUUUAAUGGAGUCUUCCUUGGCAACAAGAGGUCUCUAUCAGAGAGGACGGUGGACAAGUGCUUUGGGAGAAAGAAAUACGAUAUUGAUCCCAGGAAUGGAAUCCCAAAGUUAACUCCAGGGGACAAUCCAUAUAUGUACCCAGAACAGAGUAAAGGCUUCCACAAAGCAGGAUCAACGCUCCCACCAGUGAAUUUUUCAAUAGUGCCUUAUGAAAAGAAAUUUGAUACAUUUAUUCCACUUGAGCCUCUUCCACAAAUUCCCAACUUGCCUUUCUGGGUGAAGGAGAAGGCCAACAGUUUGAAAAAUGAGAUACAAGAGGUUGAGGAGCUUGAUAACUGGCAGCCAGCAGUGCCCUUAAUGCACAUGCUACUCCUUUCUGGUGCUUUGGACUUUCCAAGACAAUCCUGAGCAUAAACAGGCCCACAAAACAUGUGCUGACUGCACUCUGGCGAGCCUUUUCCAGUUGAUGGUUUUUGUCAUGUGACUGUUCUAAAUCCAGUGUUUGACCCUUAUGAGGAAGUGUUGUGCUUUGCUUUUUUAAAACUUUAUAUUUUGAAAACUUUCACAUUUAUGGAAAAGUUGCAAGAAUUGUACAACAAACACCUGCGUAUACUUCACAUAGAUUCUAUCAUUGUUAAUAUUUGUUCAAACUUUCUCUGUCUCACAAUAUUACAAUUACCAUUUUGCUGAACUCUUUGAGAGUGAGUGGCAGAUAUUGUAACCCUUUACACCUGUAUACCUACAUACCUCGGCAUGUAUCUCCUAAGGUCAAGGAUGUUGUCUAACAACCACAACACAAAUACCAAACUCACAGAAUUUAACACUGAUAAAAUAUUAUUAAUAUUUAGUCCACAUUCAGUUUUAGUCAAUUAUAUUUAGUUUUCUAAGGAUGCCCUCAAAUCAAUCACAAAAUACAGACAUUGUGUGAAUGUCUUAGCCUGUUCAGGCUGCUAUAACAAAAUGCCAUAAACAGAAUGGCUUAUAAACAAUAGGAAUUUAUUUCUUACAGUUCUGGAGGCUGGGAAGUCCAAGCGCAGGGUGCUGGCAGGUUCAGUGUCUGCUGAGGGCCAGCCUUCUGGCUCAUAGAUAGUAUCUUCUUGCUGUGUCCUCAUAUGAUAGAAGGGGUGAGCUAGUCCUCUGGGGUCUCUUUUACAAGGGCACUAAUCUCAUUCAUGAGGGCUCUGAUCUCAUGACCUAAUUGCCUCCCAAUGGCCUUACCUCCUAAUACCAUCACCUCGAGGAUUAGGUUUCAAUAUAUGCAUUUUGGGGUGGGGAGGACAAACAUUUAGACCAUAGCAGUGAACUUUCAUUGCUUUUGGUAAAACUUUUCAUUUUAUUAGUACCUUUCAGAAUGUUUCUCUAAUGUUAACUUGGUACUUGUCAGAAAAACAUGAAGGCUGGAUCUAUACCAGGUAAGUAAUACUAUUGCCCUGUAGCUGCAUUCCCCAGUUCAGUAUUGCCUAUCUACAAUAGCCAAGCAGGGUGAGAGCUCAGUGACCACCAGUCAUGAGUUUUAGGGCCUCCUGUCAAUCAGACAAGAAGCAAACACUUGGAGGAAAAGGUGAAAACAAAAGCUGCCUCACAGGCUUUGACACAGUCAAACUAAUGACUCUCGGCAUUUUUAUAGCCAAUCUCUUUCUCCACUAGGGAACCCCAUGGCUGCCUAAUGAGGGCUGCAGAUCUAGUCUCCCCAAAACCUUAAAGUGGAAAGAGAUUGGGGUCCACGCUGAGACUCAACAUGUCUAUGACAUGAGCAUGAUUUAUUUCCCAAAAUGUUCGUUGUCUCCAGUCACAGCCAAACUGAAUGAAGCAGGUUUAGAACACAAUACAUUUAGCCAGGUGUGGUGGCUCAUGCCUGUAAUCCCAGCACUUUUGGAGGCCGAGGCAGGCGAAUCACUUGAGGUCAGGAGUUCGAGACUAGCCUGGUCAACAUGGCGAAACCCUGUCUCUACUAAAAUCACAAAAAUUAGCCAGGCGAGAUGGUGGGCGCCUGUAAUCCCAGGUACUCGAGAGGCUGAGGCAGGAGAAUCACUUGAAACCAGGAGGCGGAGGCUGCAGUGAGCCAAGACCAUGCCAUUGCACUCCAGCUUGGGCAACAAGAGUGAAACUCCAUCCCCAAAACAAAGAAACAAACAGAAACCACAAUGCAUUCAUGGCACCUUCAUAUGUGCCUCUAGACUAACCGGCAGAGAGCAUGGUGCCUACCGCCAGCUGCUGUGCCUGACCACUCCUUGGGUUAACAUCAGCAUACAUCCGUGCUAAUCCUGUGGCCCCUGGGUCACAGGCCCACCCCUGCUCCCAACAUAAUAAUUUUAAAAAACACCAAAUAAUUUUUAAAAAGACCGAGGCUGCCAAGAAAUUUUCCAGAACACAUUAACUUCUGAAAAAAUAAUAAUUUUUUGUGACUCUAUUACUUAAAUAUAAAAAAGUCUUCUUUCCCCUAGUCAAAAACAACGCCCCACCCCUAAAAAAGAGUGAACUGCAACCACCAGGUGGCUUAGUAAUGGAGGACACAAUAUAGAAUAAAAAAAGAUUCUGCAGAGAUUUCCUAGUGGGAUUAUCUAGGUGGCACAGGAAACUGCUCUCAGAAGGUUCCCUGGUGUUUUGGAAGGAGGGAGUCCUACAUCAUAAAUAUAUCAAGAAAAACAACCAGCUGGGCGUGGUGGCUCACGCUUGUAAUCCCAGCACUUUGGGAGGCUGAGGCAGGUGGAUCACGAGGUCAGGAGAUCGAGACCAUCCCGGCUAACACGGUGAAACCCCGUCUCUAUUAAAAACACACAAAAAUUAGCCGGGCAUGGUGGUGGGCACCUAUAGUCCCAGCUACUCAGGAGGCUGAGGCAGGAGAAUGGUGUGAACCCGGGAGGCGGAGCUUGCAGUGAGCCAAGAUUGUGCCACUGCACUCCAGCCUGGGCGACAGAGAGAGACUCUCUCAAAAAAAAAAAAAAGAAAGAAGGAAAGAAAAACAACCAAAAUACAGUUUUAGAAGGUUCGGAGUAGUCUCUAGGUUUCAAAGAGGGCCAUAUAAUUCCUAGAUGCUGCUCUAAGUAGAUAUGAUUUGAUUCCUUUUUCUUUUAAUCCAGGCCGCAGAAACCAUGAGUAAAAACAAACAAACAAACAAAAACGAAAAAACCCUACACAACUGUUAGAUGAUUGAACUUCUGGAGUUGCAGAGCUACAUUUCAUCCCCUGAAAAUCAGGGCAGGUUUCACUGGAUCUGGUGUUCUUUGUGGGUACAUCUCGAUGGCCAGGUCUUAUUCCACGGCACCUCAACACCUGGCAGGUAGAGUUCCACUGCCAACUUUGGACAGCAUGAGUGUGUCUGCGUGUUGGGGAGACAAAGGCAUAGAGAAAGGCCACAUGGGAAAAAUACGUGCAUAUCAUAGCUGUUCCAGCUUUUGCUUCUUUCCAGCUACAAAGAGGUUGAACCUGUUAGAUGUAAAGAUCCCCUUCACCUCACUCUAGGGUCUUUGGUAAAUAAAAACGUGUGUGUG